CUUACAGCUACCGCAGUGGAAAAACCGCAGCAGCAAUCAUGAAAUUCUUGGCCAUUUUCGCAGCGAUCGUUUCGGUCUGCGCCGCAGCCCCUAGCGCAGUUUGGGCUCCAGCCCUAGCAGCCCCAUCUGUAGCUGUUGCUGGUCCAGUUGUCGGCCCAGCAGUCGUUGCUGGUCCGGCAGCAGGAGCCGUGAAAGUAGCUGGACCCGUAGCUGGGCCAGCCGUUGUCACUGGUCCUGUAGCUGGACCAUCUGUUGUCACAGGUGCCGUCGCUGGACCUACUCUCGUUUCUCAACCCGGUGCUGUUGUCGUUGGAGGCGGACUUGUUACCCCUGCAGUUGUAGCUGCUGCUCCUGCGGUCGUCGCUGCUCCUGCUGCCACGGUCGUCGCUGGCCCAGUAACGUCCGCGGUCGUCGCGGGUCCAGCAACAUCUGCGGUCGUCGCGGGCCCAGCAACAUCUGCGGUCGUCGCAGGCCCAGUUGCUAAAGCUGCAGUGAUUGGUGCCUCUUCCUCGGCUGUAGUUACUGGAGUUCACGGCUGGUAAUGAACUAGGAGGAAAACAAAGUCACACCAUAUACCUCGUACAUGACUCAGAUCUACAUUUACGGUUUUAUACCCUCUUUCCUAUUGAUUUGGCACUGCCAAUGUAUACGGAACAU